AUGUUCAAGAAAACCAAAAGUAAAGUAUUGGUGGAUUAUGCGUCAGAGGAAGACGACAUGUCCUGGCACUACCAUCACUCCUACAAGGACAAAGACAUGGGAGAGGAAGAGGAGGAGGAAGCUGUCGCUCCGUUAGCCAAGGAGGCAAAGGUGAAGAUAAUGAUGUCCAAGAAGGAGAGGAAGGAGAAAAAGAUGCUUUCCUCCAAGGAUGAUGAACACUUGUUGCUGUCCGGAGAGAAGGUGGCAGACCGCAAAGUGUCUAACAAAAAGGUCAAGGAAGGGGAGAAGGAGAAGAAGGACAAACCAGAAAAGGUAAACUGUUUCUGGGACAAUGUUACAAUGACUAUGAGACAAAUCUCACCUGCUAAAAAACCGGAGAAGAUGGAGGGCUGGGAGCCACCGCAGCUGGGGAUGGUUGCUGAGACUGUGGGUGAGGAAGCCCUGGUCGAGGGCGGUCAGAACGGAGAGUCUGCAUUGUCCCUUCCUCCUGACUCCAUCAGCAUACCCUUAGAAAUUCCUUCGUGGGGUGGACAGGGGUUUGAGGAGGACUCCUCCCGCUAUGCCAACCUGAAGGACUCCAACGACCCAGCUGCUGCAGUGAGGUGGACGGCCCGUGCCAAAGUCAAGCUGGCUGGGAUCAGUAGAAUGAGCAGAGGGAUCGUGUCAGAGGGCCCAUGGGCCAAUUUCAAGCAGUAGCAUGGUUUCAUUCAGUAGAUCUGAACCGAAAUUCUGCCUCCUAGUCUAGAAAACAUGACACCAUAGACUGUCACACAGGAAAUAAACAAGGCAGGGCCUUAACGUGCUACUCCAGUAGUGACCAGUAAACAGGAUUUAUUUUUCUCCUAUUAGUUUCUGUUGAGAGCGUUAAAGGGCAUAUAUCAUAAUUUUUAUUACUUUUCCUUCUUAAUGUGGGUCAGGUUUCCAUCUGAUAAGUUACAUCUAUGUCCAUACUAUUUAUAAAAAAAAAAGAAGCAUGAAGCAUCUUAGGAUGAAGCCAAACAGUGGCAGCAUCAAAAGGCUUUUUUGUAUCAGAAACUUCCAUCUCUGCUCUGGGAAACAAUAAAAGGACAUGUUGUAAUUUAUUUAUGGUUUGAACUCUCAUUAUCUAAAUCCAUCCCCCCAAAAUGUGAUAUUUUCCCUUUAACUUCUUCCUAAAUUACUAAAAGAAUUUCCCUACAAGCUGUUUUUUGUUAUUUUUACAUUUAUUCAUCCAUUUUGUGCAUCAAGGACAACUGGUUAAACCCCAAAACUUAAACCAGCUUUGUAAUUUCUGAGCUAUCUGUAGGUAACCCCAUCAUAAUACAAAUUAUUGUUUUGAAUCCUUGAAUGUUACACAUAAAACGUUUGUUUGAAGGAAUUUUAAAUCAUUUGUGUUGUGAGUUUUUUUUAAAGGACUUUUAUGCUUGAAUCACUAGCAAAUUCUUAAUCUGUUGAAAUGAAAGCCUUAAACUACUGUCAAAUGUCAUUUUUUGAAUGUGUGAUUUUUGCCAAUAUGUUUUUUGCUCAGAUGAGAGACAAUCAAAUAUUACGCAAGCUUGUUAUACUACUGAACCUUUAUGUAGCUACUUUAUACUUCCUUACUAUGCAGAUGCAGCACCCUGACACUGUCUGAAGCCUUAACAUAAAAGCUCAAUGAGUUGUGCAAUCAUAAAAAAAAAAAAUGAAAAACUC